AUGGUGCAGAAUCUUUUAAUGGGGAUAUCUCAAAGAGUAAACAGCGGCGCUGUUUUGCUUGCCCUCUCGGCUUGGCAUCUCUACCCAGAUAUGGACGUCUUCUGCGUUAGCAACAAGACGGUUGAACAAGAAGACGCCCUCAUGUCGGGCGCAGGUCGCCUGAUAGUCGGCCUUGAGGAUGCGGAUCCGUCCUACAGCACGGGGAUAUUCUGGUCGCUUUCACUCUCACAUCUCCGCUACUACGGUGACCCCGUGCUCUGUCGACGUUCGGUAGCUGAGGACGCGUCGCGGGUGUCAUUCAACGAGUUCACCCUGGUCGCUCUGGGCUGCCUUUUGCAACGAUGGUGCACAUGGACUCAAGACGGACUAGCGAUCAACUCGGUCGUUGAAAUGAUCAUUUCCUUGGGUGACUUUGUUGGAGAGGUUUCUAUUAAGAUGGGGACGCGCCGGGGUGCGACCUUCCUUGGUCCGCUGGAUGAACAUCCGCCGCGGCUCUUCGGUCUCUCAUCGCCACAAGUGGUCCUAAACCUACUACGGGAUGAUGCAGAGUGCCAGAUCGACGCCAUGAGAGCAAUCGUACGCAGCUCCCCUGACGUCGGGGAUAGCACGAUGUUUAUUGGAUAUACUCACGAGUGCCAGCGACUCGGGAAAUGGCAGGAAUUUACUACCGUCGUACCAAUUGCGACUAAAGAAGGGAAGAAGAAACAUGUGCGUUGGGUCCCCGCGGAUGUCGCAAAGGUGAAGCACAAUGCAUGGUUGAGACUUGGGGAAGAUUACAACACAACGCGAUUCGAUGAGGUUAUUUCUAUGGGGGAGGUUUUGCGUGGCACUAAUCGGCGAGAGCCUGACCCCGAGCAACCUUUAAAACGGUUUCGAUACCCCAAGAUAAACGACAACCCAACCAUUGCUGUAUAUGCCGCCGGUAUCUGCGUGUCAGAUUUCGAAGUGUUCCCAGAGAAUCUCACACGCUUCUUUGAUGAUCGAUAUUUUGACGUAGAGAAGCUCGAGGUUCACCUGACCCAUGUCUGGUUCGCGAAGGCAUCUCCUGAGUACGUCCGGUCCAUGAGAGCGCUCGCGAGAACAGACCAGAUUUACAAACUUAUGCCCAACGCGUCCGUAUCUCUCAGUGUACUACGCAAGGAGCUGGGCCAGCAAAAGUGGGUCCCCUGCGAAGACGACGCAGAACACCCAUACGAAGACGACAAGGACGACGAAUUCGUUAUUGUGAAAAGAAACCGAAGUGGAUUUGAAGUGUUCGAUGUGGCCCGAUCUGAGAGUUUCUCUUGUGUGGCUUUGUUCGAGACCGGCACGAUGGAUCUAUCACCAGAUUGCUUCACCAAUGUCAUGGCCAUUUCAUCUGGAAACUUUAUAUUCGCAUCAAGUUCCAUCCUCUGCGAUCCCUGGGAGGACGCUAAGCCUCAUGAGAUCCAGAGACUGGUGGCCAAUAUUGGGAAAUCCGGCGUUUCGCUGCUGAUUCCGCUCAUGAACCCCAAGCUGAGAAAGGCCGAGUUCGACACAUGA